AAAAUAUAUUCUUAUAAAGAGAGUGAUGAUUACAUACAAGAGCUAGGGAACACAUAGAAUCAUUCCUAUAUAAGAAUAAUUCUCAUUGGUUCAUGCCGUAGGACAUACUUCUCCACGAUUCAAAGGCGAUAUAUAUAAAUAUGUAAGAUAUAAGAAAUUGAUUAAUGAUCCUAUUCUAUUUCCUACAAAGUAGCCAUUAUACAAGAUUAUUUCAUGGCAAUCCAUAGUAAGAGAUGUUAUAUUACUUGUCACACUUUUUCUUGUCCAAGUCUCCCCCUUAUCCCCCUUUGAAAGAAGAAAAAAAAGUGGACAAAUCUUAUUGAGAUUGAAAUUGAAAAGAGACUUAGCUAGAAAGACAUGGAUCAAAAGUUUGAAAAUGUGGUCAAUUUUCAAUUUUCAUGAACAUGGGCAACCAGAAAUGUCGCCUCUUGAUUCGUUACCUCCCUUACUAAUACAUUAAUUUUUUUUUUGUCUUUCUUAAAUUCUUGAAGAGAACAAAAUAACAAAUCCCACAAAAACCAUAACCACAAGCUAUACUUACCUUCAACACUAACACCAAGAAUUUUAAUACCCCCAAAUACUCUUUCUAAGCAAAAAAAAAAAAGCAAUAGUAAAAUUAAGAUUGCAUAGAGAGAAUAAAACCCCAUUUCAAAUAUAUAUUUUUAAAGAAAAAUAACACUCAUAAUAAGCUAAAGUGGGAAGUGAUAUUAGAAGCAUUAAAUGUCUAAUACUAGUGCUAGUACCAAUGGAGUUGCACUUUCUCUUCUUCUAUUUUUGUUUUCAUCAUCUUUGGUUUCACAAAAUUGGCAAGUUUUAGCGUCUCCAUCCCAAGAACAAACCAUCAAACGACAUGAUCCAUUGCGUCGUUUCAAGUACUACAAUGGAAUUUACGAUGUUAGAAACAAGCAUUACUGGGCUUCUACGGCAUUUACAGGAGUUCAUGGGUAUGCAAUUGCAGGAGUAUGGUUAGUAUGUGGGAUUGGAAUAGGAAUUUUCAUGAGUGUGAAGCAUAAGACCAUGAACAAUUGGCCAAUUAAAGACUUAUUGGAUAAUUACUAUCUUCUAACCUUCUGUAUGAUCCUUUUCUUUACCAUUCUUGCCAUAGGGGCAUCAAGUUUGGUGCUGUUAGCAAACCAAAGCUCAAUGAAGAAAAUGGAAAAUUUAAAGGGAACCAUAUUGAGUGUAGGAGGAGAGGUUAGAAGGAGCCUAAAACAUGUAAUGAAAGCAAUGACACAUAUGCAAUAUCUUUUGGUGGCUUACGAUCCAACUAUGGCUUCAACUUUGAACACCACAACUCAUCGAUUAGGAAGUGAGUCAAGAAUUGUCCAAUAUUUUGUUGACAAGAAUGGCCAAUCCAUUGAACGAGCUAUUCAGAUUUCUUAUGUAGCACAUAUUGUGGUUGUGGCAACCAACUUGGUCUUAAUCACCGCUGCAUUAGUUCUCAUUCUGCUUCAUUGGUACCCAGCAUUUGUCUUUUUAAUAUUUUUGUGCUGGAUAUCAACAACACUACUCUGGGUUUUGACAGGCUUUGAUUUCUUCCUUCACACCCUUGCAGAAGAUACAUGUUAUGCUUUCAAAGAUUUUGAAUCAAACCCAGAAAAGAGUAGUCUAAGCACAAUGCUCCCAUGCAUGGAUUCAUCUUACUCUAAUAAAAUGAUGGCCCAAAUAGGCUACAUAGUGCACACUUUCAUAACUCAGUUGAAUUCUAAAAUACCAGACUACUAUAAAUUGCUUGGAUUUGAUGGUGGAGUAGCAGAAAAUGACUAUUUAUCUGGAUUUGUAACUAUUUGUAACCCUUUCGAUGGAGCUCCUAACUACAGUUACAUCCCACAAAGUUGCCCACAAAAUACCAUUCCAAUUGGUCACAUACCACAUGUUCUUGCAAGCUUCACUUGUUAUGAAAACGAUAACGUUGAAAGGUGCCUAAGAGAUGGAAAAUUUGUGAGUGAAGAAAUUUACAAUAUGGCUUCAGCUUACAGCCGAUCAACUCAAGAUAUACUAAACGUAUAUCCAGACCUGCAAAGCCUGAGUGAAUGUAAAUUAGUAAAGGAUAAGUUUAGUUAUGUCGUUUUGAACGAAUGUGUGCCGUUUCAAGUGGCAGUUCGGUUGCUUUGGCUCUCCAUGUUGUCGCUUUCCGUAAUUAUGGUCGUUUUGGUCCUAAUUUGGUUCAUCAAAGCUAUUCAAGACAAGGCUAGAUGUUUCUCCUUGUGCUCUCUAAUCCCUCGACCUCAACCACGACCCAUCAUACACAGAUUUUAGAAAAAUAAAUUAUAUAUAUAGGAUUUUAAUUUUGAUUAGAAUUUUUUUUUAUAAAUAAUUUUUUGAAUAAUCAAAAUGAGAAUUAAAAUGUCAAAAUUAAUAGUCUAUGGUUGUCGUAAGACAGAAGAAGUAGAGCCAUGUGGAGAAUAUCACAAUUGUAAAAGAAAUUAUUAAUAAUGUAGCUAAUGAGAAUAUUUCUACUUUUUUUUUUGGCUUAAUAUAAAA